AUGUCCUCAUGUUUCACUUUCGAUGAAAUUAAAACACUCAUUCCUACUCUCAAUCAAUUACCUCCUCUACCUACUCAUCCACUUCCAAUCUAUAGUAUUGGUGCUGGUUCAAUUGUUAAUAGUUCACAUCUUCCAUGUUAUCAAUUAUUUAAAUUUCAAGUUCAUGGUAUCUAUGAUCAAAAUCAAGAUGUUGCCAAGAAAACAGCUGAAAAAUUUAAUAUUCCAAAAGUAUUCAAUUCACUUGAUGAACUUAUUGCAUCUGCAGAAAAAGAAUCAAGUAAAGUUAUUUAUGAUAUAGCAAUACCUGCUACUGAAAUAUCUACAAUUCUUCAACAAUUACCAAAUGAUUCAUUUGCUCUCGUACAAAAACCAAUGGGUGAAACAUUUGAACAAGCAAAGGAAAUCAAACGUUUAUGUAAAGAAAAAAAUAUACAUAUUGGGAUUAAUUUUCAAUUAAGAUAUGCACCACAAAUGUUAGCUGUAAAAGAUCUUUUGAAACGAGAAGUUCUAGGAAAAAAAUUAACAACAAUUGAAAUACAUGUCAAUACACAUACACCAUUUGAAAAUUGGAAAUUUUUAGAAAAAGUCACACAUAUGGAAUUGACUUAUCAUUCUAUUCAUUAUAUUGAUCUUAUACGUGAUCUUCUUUCGCCAUGGGAACCAACAUCUGUUCAAUGUCAUUCAUGUAAACAUAUUAAUCAACCAAAAUUGGAUAGUGUUCGUACACAUUUAUCACUUAGUUAUGAAAAUAAUGAUCCUCAACUCUAUGUUACUAUACAUACAAAUCAUUUUCAUACUUGGGGUAUCAAAUAUGCUGAUAGUUAUUUAAAAAUUGAAGGAGCACAAGGUGUUUUACGUGCACAAAUGGGAUUACAAUUAGAAUAUGGGGAUCAAAGAGAUCCAGAUCGAUUAGAAUUAUCUACGAAUGAAAUGAAUGGACCAAUGAGUAGUGUAAUCAGAAUGGCACAAGGAGAAACAGAGAAAAUAUUAACCUCUGAAGAUGAUGCAAUAAAAACAAUGGCUAUUGUUGAAGCUGCAUAUCAAAAUUUAACUAUGGAUUCAGAUAAACGUGAAUUGUUUGUUGUUCCGAAGAAUCCAACUGCAGAUGUUCAAUCAUCCAAUACAUGUAAAGUGUGUGGAGACAAGACUACAAUUAUGUAUUUAGGUAUUUCGUGUUGUUCUUCAUGUAAAAUGUUUUUUCGCCGAAAUGUAGAUCUUAAUGUGGAUACUCAGCAUUGUGUAUUUACUGGAAAUUGUGAUAUAAAUGUAAAUAGUCGCGGAGCAUGUCGAUAUUGUCGAUUGAAAAAAUGUUUUUCUGUUGGCUUACAAAAAGAUUUGCUUCGUAGUUCAUUUACUGCUCACAACUAUGGUGGAAUAACAAAAAAACAAAAAACUUCAACGAAUGAAACAACAGUUGCUCUUCCAACUGUUAUUCCAACACUUGAUUUGUUAAUUAAUGAUCGAUCAUUAUUAUCUUUUGAUCAAUGGUGUUUGCUGUCGAAUGUUACUCAUUCUUAUGAUGAUCAAUCUCCAAUAUUAGCUAUACAGAAUAAGAUGGCAUCUCAGUUGAAUUAUCCAGCAAAAAUACGAAUGAAAAUGGCAACGGAUUAUUUCAAGUAUAUUGCUAGUUCAUUAUAUCUUAGUGCAGGUCCAUUUUUUAAAACAAUGCCUGAAGUUGUGCAUAUGUCAACCAGUGAUCAAGGUAUUCUCAUCGAACGAAAUAUUCGUAGUAUGAGUGGUUUUGGUGCUAUACUGGUAUUGCGUGAAACUGAUCUUUGUCAAAAUCCUUACUAUCACAAUGCUUCUAUGGCAGUUUAUGGACAUGAACUUACUCAUCAAGCAAUGAAAAUUGUCCAACAUGCAGAUACUGAUGGAAUAUUAAUCAAACUCAUGGUACCUAUUUUAGCUUUGUCAACAUGUUCGGAUAUUAUUGAUCCGAACUAUCAUGAGAGUGUUGGUAGCACUUUAUCGCCGGGAGGAACUCGUCUUUUUCCAAAUACUUUACAUCUUUUGAUACUUCAAAAUAUUUAUGUUGAAAUGAUGUUCAAAUAUAUGUUAUAUCGAUAUGGUUUUAAAGAAGCAGUUUUAAGAUUUGCAAGGCUUAUUAAGACUUGUCUUGAUCAAAAUCUAAUGGUCUGUGAUGGUGAGGAUCUUCGACAACAUGAUGAAAUGGUACAUUCAAUUACUGAACAAACGGAACGAUUGUUAGUAUAG